AUGGGCUUCUUCGCCCAUCGCUUUCGAAUUAUUAUAGCAUUCGGCACCUUUCUAUGCCUCGUCUCCAUUAAUUCUAACUAUAUCUUAAUGAAUUUCACGUUUAUUUGUAUGGAAAACGAUACAGAGGGUGCGGUUGCUGAUGGUCAUGAUACGCUAAACAGUCGUUUCUAUUACGCACCUAUCGAGAAGACGCUGAUUUUAUGGGCCGUGGCGGCCGGAGCUAUUCUUGGCACUGCUCCAGUUGAUUGGGCGUAUAAAAACUAUGGAGUGAGAUUACCAUUACUUAUUGCUGGGAUUUUAUCAAUAUUAGCGACGACGAAGAUUCCGAUAGCCGCUAGUUCUUCAUUCUCUUUCUUGUUAGGGCUGCGAUUGGUUCAGGGUAUAGCCUACACAGGAGCAUUCACGGCUAUCGAAAAUAUCACCGCAACCUGGGCCCCGCCAGCCGAAACCGGGCUCUUCAUGUCGCUAUUGUCCUGGUUUAUCCCUGUCUCGACCAGCGUCACUUACCUGUUUGCUGGAUGGAUUUGUGACUCCGCCCUGGGAUGGAGAGGAGUUUUCUACUUGCAGGCUUUCGUUUCUGCAAUUGUUUUUAUUGUAUGGUCCCUCUACUAUACCGACAACCCAAUCACGCAUAAAUCUGUCGACACUGAGGAGCUGAAACAUAUUCAACAGGGUAAAACGGACCUAAAAUUGCAUGAAAACAGCGCUAUACCUUACCAGUCCUUGUUCCGGAACCAUAAACUUCUAAUAAUUUGGUUCAACACCUUUGCCAAAAUGACGGCCGCCACCCUGUUGGUCACCUUCAUGCCGCUAUAUUAUCAUAAAGUACUCCAUUUUGAUGUCUUUACCACCGGGAUCCUAUCGACAUUUACUACAUUGUUACACGUACCGAUCAAGUCAAUGUCUGGUUAUUUUUGCGAUAGUCUUAGCUGGAUACCUCUGCAGGUAAAAGUUCAGGCUUGCAACUUUAUCGCCGUUGGAUUCGCUGGAAUUUGCUGUCUAAUGAUUGGAAUUGCUAAGGGGACUGGUGACGGAUAUUUUGGUGUGGUCCUCUUUGGCGUCGUCUACUGCGCAAUGGCGGUGAAUUCUGGAGAUUCUAUGACUGGAAACAUGGCGUCGAGACAAUACGCUCAUUUCGUUUCCUCUACGAUCCACUAUAUAAAAUGCGCAGCGUUAGUAGCAGCGCCGGCAAGCUGGGCUAUGUUUGUUCAAGAUGAGAGUGAUGCCGCCGAAUGGUCUUACGUCUUCUAUCUCAAUGGAGCUAUGCUAAUCGCGGAUAUGGGCUGCUUUACGCAUCGCUUCCGGGCGGUCGUCGUGAUUGCCGCGUUUUUCUGUCUAACCUCGAUCAAUUCGAACUAUAUUACCAUGAAUUUCACGUUUAUCUGCAUGAAAAAUGAUAUGGAGGGGGCGAUAGAAGACAUCAAUGGGACAUUGCAUAGUCGAUUCGACUACACCCCUGCCGAAAAGAGUAUGAUCGUUUGGGCGGUGGCGGCUGGGACGAUAAUUGGGACUUUUCCAAUAAAUUGGGCUUAUAUAAAUUAUGGAGCGAGAUUCCCCUUCUUCAUCGCUGGUAUACUGUCCGUAAUAGCCACAGCCCUAAUCCCAUUUGCUGCCUCCUUCUCUUUUCACUCAUUGCUGGGACUACGUUUUAUACAAGGCUUAGCCUAUUCCGCCGACUUUGCAGCUAUAGGCCUUGUUGUCGUACGCUGGGCUCCGCUGGCCGAAAUCGGGAUAUUCGGGGCGGCGUUGACGUCGUUUACAUCAAUUUCUUCGACGAUUACGAAUCCGUUGAGUGGAUGGAUCUGCAAAUCCGGCCUCGGAUGGCGUUGGGCUUUCUACGCACAUGCAGCAAUUGCAGCCACUUUCUUCCUAGCGUGGCUUUUCGUCUAUGAGGAUGACCCUGCCAGCCAUAGACGAGUGGACGAAAAAGAACUCAAAACGAUUCAGAAGAACAAGAGCAAGGCCCAUAUUGAGGGUGAUAGUUUCGUGCCGUACUUGGCUAUUUUCAAAAACAAGACCAUCCUCGUUGUUUGGCUGAACUCGUUCAGUGAGAUGACGACGGUUACGUUAAUGCACACCUAUGUGCCGUUGUAUUUGCAUACGGUCCUCGGCUUUGAUAUUGUCAGCACCGGAAUGUUGGCUGCGUGCGCUGCUUUUACCCACGUACCUCUCAAAUACCUGUCUGGAUACUGCAGCGACAGAAUCAAGGCCGUUAGCGAAAUGGCAAAAAUGCAAGGUUGCAAUUUGAUUGCUGUCGGAAUGGCCGGAAUGUGUUGUAUCAUGUUGGGGCUUGUCAAGCGGGCUGGUGAUGGUUGGGCGGCUUUUUAUUUCAUCGUGAUGGUCCAGGUGACGAUGGCGGCGAACUGUGGCGGGUUUUACAAGUGUGGAACGUUGGUGGCAAGGCAAUACGCUCACUUCGUCCUGGCAGCCGUCCAGUUCAUGAAAUGCGUCGCGCUGAUCACAGCCCCUGCCAGCUGGGCAUUAUUUGUUACUGAUGAAACAGACAUCGUCCAAUGGUCCUACGUUUUCUACCUCAACGGCGUCGUGUUAAUCUUUGCAAGCAUCGUCUUUUUCUUUGUCUGCACCGACCAACCGGCCGAGUUUACCCAUAUCACCAGAGAAAAUCCUGAAGGCAAAAGAAUUAUGCCGGAAAUUUCGGACUCGGAGAAGCCGCCGAUCGAAAUGCAGACCACCACAAAUGUA